UGACGGCCCACACCAACACCACAGACCACCUUCCUUCUUGCCUUUACCUGUGUCGCUGUGGCCUAGGCUGCGCUUAUACCAGACUACGUGAUGACUUCCUCUCCACUGGGAAACAUACUCGGUAGGGAGAUCAACGUCAGCGCUCUACUCAAGGCGAACGACAUCACGCUGGACGUGCAACGGCAUCUGGCGAACGUCUACGCUGCCCUGGCCGCGACUGUCCUGGCCUGUGCGUUCGGCGCUGCGGCGGAUCUAUGGCUGCAUGUCGGAGGGCUGCUGACCAUGGUCGCAGGCCUCGGCGCGAUGGUGUGGCUCGCGGCUGACCAGGACAAGAACAACAACCCCAAGAGGGUUGGCAUCUUGCUCCUCUUUGGCCUCCUGAAGGGCUUUUCGCUGGGCCCGCUGAUUGACAUGGUACUGCACGUGGACCCGUCGAUUCUGGUGACCUCUCUGCUGGCCACCACGACCGUGUUUGUGUGCUUUGCGGGCGCGGCCAUAUUCGCCAAACGGCGGAGCUACCUCUACCUCGGCGGCUUGCUUUCCAGCGUCCUGAGCGUACUGAUGGUGGCAUCCCUGCUCAACCUUUUCAUGCGCCUGGAGUUCCUCAUGAGCAUCCAGCUCUACGGCGGCCUCGCUGUCUUUUGCGGUUACGUGAUAUUCGACACCCAGCUAGUGGUGGAGAAGGCUACCCUCGGAGAGAGGGACUUCGCGUGGCACGCGGCCGAGCUGUUUAUCGACUUCGUGGGCAUUUUCGUGCGCAUCUGCAUCAUCCUCAUGCGCAACAAGGACAAGGAGGGAAACCGAAGCAGCAGCAGGCUCAGCAGCAGCAGCAGCAGCGGCUACUACAGCAGUGGGAGCCGCACUGGGCGCACGGCCCGCCGUUGAUUGAUUUCACGCAGCCACCAAUCAAUCUCAGUCGAGGGUCCCUUGCCGCCGCCCCCUGCUUACAAACGCGCCGGCUCUUCGAGCGUAUUAUCCUUUGUUGAGGUUUUAGGUUUUUCAGGGUGGCCGGCGCAUUUCUUUGGUGACACGUCUACAGUAUUAUAGUGUCGGGGGCUGUAAAGCGGUGACGGCCACGAUGGGCGUGUUGCCUGCAUGCGUCUCUUUUGUGUCCUGCGGGCUUGGUUGCCGAUCUGACGGCAUCCUCGCCAACGCUCGUUGUUUUAUUGACGCUCGCUUUUCCUCACACGAACCCCUCCGCCACGAUCGACGUUUGUUUCCAUUUCGUCGUCGUCGGUCGUGAGCGGUGUGUGCUGCUUGAUCACUCUGUCCUUAUACGCGUCGAAUGAGGGGCGUGCAGCUGUUGCUGUUGCUGUUGCUGCCUGAGCGCAUUUGGUCAGAAAAGUCGGGAUUUUGUCGAGGACGCCCGCGUUGAAAUCUACCGUAGAUACGUCUACGUUGAAAUGCACCGUAGAUACUGUGUUGCUGGAUGAGCGCUUUUUGUGCCGGUCCCUGUCAGUCUACAGCAGUAGAUCUAGUAGCACGAAUUCAAUACGAGUUCUGCAAAACGGCGUCAGUAGACAUCCUCAAGUCGCCUCUGGGGAGUGGUUGGAGUGAUCAGUAACAAGAGAGGCGAUAGCGAACACGCGCCAACAUUGAAGUGUUUGUUUAUGUGCCGGCGGCCGAGGACACGCAAGUGAUUUGUGCCCUUGAUUUGAAAGUCCACGGGGGCGCAGACACGGGUGCCCCCACAAUAGACGAGUUGUCCUAGACGAGAGCGUGCAGUGGCCAUCCCUUGAGUUCGUUCAGGUGAUUUAUUUGAGGGAGUGUUGGCUUUCAAGAUUCGCGGGGUGGGGGGUGACAAGAGGCAGGAGAGCACGGGUUGAGGGACGAACAAACAACUUGGUGUUUGCAUUGCAUCCUGCUGCUGCUUCUGCGCCGCGAUGCUCUUGCGCCGCUCUUCCAUGUGCAACGGUCGGCAGCUUGUGCGUAUGAUCCUUAAAACAAAAAAAAUGAAAAAACAUGUGGUCAUGAGCACCCAGGGUGUGGCGCAACGGCGCGGUUCCUGCCAGGCGUGCGGUGACAUGUAUCUACAGUAGGGCUGUGCGAUAUCGACAGAGCCUGUUGAAUUGUCAGCAGGUAUUGGCUCCUCCGUGAUGGUGGUUUGACCG